AUGAAUACAGAGGACUACAAGGAGGACAUAGAAGAGCAGGAGGAGCCUAUGGUCAAAGAUUUCAUAGAGCAGAACUGGAAGAAAUCGCUUACCUCUUGCUAUGGCAUAUGCAGUGCAGAGCUUAAUUUCAAUCUCGAUUCUGAUGCCCCGAUUCGCCACAUAAAACAACCGUCAUAUUUGAUUAGCCCUUUGGUUAUACCAAAAUUGAGGUCAAGGCGAAAGCGGCUUAUUAAAAAGCCGAAAUGUCAAGAGUCCUUUAAAGAGGUUCAGACACAGAAGGUGGAACAGUCGGAGAAGUUGCCCGAAUGCAGUUUAAAGCCCAUAUUAAAUGCUAAAAGAAGUACUGACCUGGAGGGAAUACCAACGUCAGAGGAGAUAUGGCAGAGUUACGAGAAAUGGAAAGCAUGCGGUGAAGCCGACUGGCCUAUUUGCUGCCAAGAGCACAUUGUUAACCAGGAGCAAAUUGAUCAACCGCCGAAAACAGUGACACCCAGAAGUAUUGAGAUAAGCGAUGAAGAACAAUUGCAGCAGGCAGUUAGUUGGCUUACCAACUCUCUAAAUGAAUCACAGUGUUCGAAGAAGUCAGAACAAGAAAUGCCGUUCGAUAGCAUGUCCUUCUUGGAAAUGGAUGGCUUGGAACUUGGCUUGGACGAGGAACGUGACAUGUGGGACAGUCUAAAGUCGAAGGGAUUACAUACGCCUCAGAGUGACAUUAAGGAAUACGAUUUGCUCCUGAGCAUGGCUAGAAGUGAGGAAAGUCGAAGGGCACUUCAUGAAAUGGUCAAAUCCAAGUUUAUUGAGCAGUUCGAGGCUAAAAAGAAGUGCAAGUGUGUACCCAAAUCGUCGUUAGUCAAAGAAAGUGUUCAGUCUACGUUGCCAAAGAAACAGGACACGGUAAAAGAAACAACCGCUAUCAGCCAAUCCACCAAGGAAUCGAUUUCUAAAGCUGAAAAGGUUCCAGAUCUGUCACCAAUUGUCGUAAAAAAUAAAGAGCGCGACAUUACUUCAAUCACAGAGCUGCCAAAGAAACUGCAGCUUGAGAAGAUCGAGCAGCAGCCACUUGAUAAGAAGAAGGAUCAACCUUUUAUUUUAAAUGUACAGGUAUUUCCUCCCCGACCUUCAUUUGCCAAAGCAAAAUCAUUGCCAGCUACUGCACAGGAACAGCCUCAAAAUAUUAUUAAUACCUCGACUAUUAAACCGAUCGAUUUCGAAACGGAAAUUAGCCGAGCUAAGCAAUCACUGCCAAAGAUUACUGGACCCAAGCAAACCCAACAUCUAAGUGCUGACAAAAUUGCAGGUUUAAAUACGAUAUCACAAAUAUCACAAUCAAACAGGAGACUGCCACAGGACAUAAAUAAAUGGGAGGGCAGCUUUAGGCAGCGAUGGAAAGGCUUCGAGAAUAUCAUUGAUCAGAACAUGACCGAGUUUAGUGAUCCGCAAGGAAAGCGUCUGCGCUCCAAAAGAAUUCACGAAUCUGGCAUCACAAAUGUUGAGCAUUUAAAGCGAAUACUACUGAUGCCCGAGUUGCUAUCUCCAGUGGAGCAGGGACUGCGAAAAAUAGGCAUUCUACGCUCAAACAAGCGAAAAGUCGAGCGGGAAUCACUGCAAAUCGAUGUAGCUAUGGUCAGAACGUACAGUACAAUGAAGACUAAUCACAAUCUGAAUCUCAGCCAGCUGGCAUUGAAGCUGGGUUAUGUGGAGUACAACAGCAUCGCCCAAGUGCUGAAGAAGAUCUACGAGAAAGACCAAGUCGCUUGGAUCUGGGAUAAUGGUAGCAUACUGAUCAGCAAUGCCAGCAGCAAAACCAUACUCACCGAGACGGAAGAGAAUCUGAUGGCCAAAAUUCUGGAAGUGACCGGAACUCCAAGCUCCAGUAAGCAUAAUAGAUUGCAAUCACACAUGAUUAGUCUUGCCCAAUUCCCCUGGCAAAUUUGCAUCGAAAAGUUCUGUGAGAUCAACGCUCUGAGAGCCGAAUUAUUUACUGGCAGCUGUAAAUUUAUAUACUAUGUGAAUAAAAGUAUUCCCGGUGUUGCAGCCAAGGUUUUUGAGACUGGCAUGGUCCAUGUGCUUUCGAUGACCCCAGCUGGAACAGAUCAGAUGCUGGAGAAUCUGUAUCUACUCACGUCAAAACAUCGCAAGUCCAACAUUACAACACUUCAACCUCCAUCAGAGACAAAUUCCAUUUAACUGGCAUUUCACUUUUUGAGAAUACUGUGCUCAAGAAUUCGACAGUAAAAUGAAACAAUGAAAAUACACAACAAUAUAACAAAUAAUACUAAAUAAAUUUGAAUAUAUUGUGCGACUUGGCUCCAAUUAAAGCCAGCUUCUA